UAUCAGGUAAACUGUUGAAUUUAAUGUAACCAAUAUGGACCAUGGAAUUAAAUAUAUUCAAGCUUUUUAUGUUUUGAUGUGUAUAGAUCAAUCAUUUAUUUUUUGCAUGCCAUAGGGGUUGAACAACAAAAUGAAUAAUUAUACUCAGUAUAUCUUUUAAAUUUCAAUUCCCCGCCUAUGCCUGAAAAGCUGAAGUUAUCAGAUUCAGUUUGUGACUGACUGAGUCAAGUUGGAGAAAGUCCUCAUACAGCCCUAAGGUUGUAUUGUAUAAUGUAAAAGCAUGGAAGAUAGAUUACUGCAAGUUUAAUUCAGAGAUCUGUAGAUGUGUAUUGGGACAUCUGUGUGUUAAUCCAUCGCCCUUGCUAAAGGAAUUCAUUCUUAAAAGUACUGACUCUGGCAGUUCCGGUAGUUCCGGUGUACUUAUCUGAUUUUUUACGAAAUACUAAUCUGGAAAGGGGAUGUUUCCUGUUUAUAAGAAGCGUUAAAGAACUUAAUGGAAUAACUUCCUUAUAUCCUAUCAUUCAGCAGGAUUGUUUUUCUAUAUCAACAAGCUAGGAAUAUGUAUGUACCGGUAUAGAUGGUACGUUGCAAACUGCACGGAUAUAAAAAUACCUACGACUUACUCCACCGGUGAGGACCUCCCAUUUAUUACCAAACUCAGAGAUGAACAACAACGAUUUCGACCCAUUUCAGGUAUUCCAGGUGACCCAUGACCCCUGUGCCGUUCUGUAUGUCCGAGUGGUGCGUGGAAUCCAGAUCACAAAAGGCUAUUACAAAGACAUGUUGGACACCCCUGAUCCAUAUGUAGUCUUGAUGGUGCAAGGGGCCCCUAACUGUUACCAGAGAACCAAUGCUUUUGACAACAACACAGACCCAGAGUGGAACGAGACAUUCAAAUUUUACCUCAAUCCAAAGAUACCUUCAGAAAUAGAGGUGACUUUAAUGGAUGCUAACUAUACAAUUGAUGAAAAGCUUGGACAACCUCAAAAAAUAGCAUUAACCAGUUUGCCCUAUUCUAAAGAAGAAAUGACACUUCAAUUCAAUGAGACAUCAAAAGUGGUAAUUGAGAUGUGGGCACACCACAAAUGUGAACCUCAACUAAGAUUUAGUUUAGCACUCUGCGGUGACGAGAGGGCAUUUGCAGAGAGGAGGAGGAAAAAGGUCUUUGAAGCCAUGAAGAACAUAUUGGGUGAAGAUGCGCCCACAAAAGAGAGAGAUGUCCCCAACAUUGGGGUGAUAGGAUCUGGAGGGGGGUUCAGAGCUAUGACCGCCUACAGUGGAGUAUUCACAGCCCUAGUGGACAGUCACAUUUUAGACAUGACCACUUAUGUCGGAGGACUUUCAGGAUCUGCAUGGUAUUUGUCUCAGCUUUACUCUCACCCAGACUGGCCACAGAAAACACCGGGGGAACUCCGAGAGGAGCUAGGUAGAAAUAUAGAACACAGUCCUUUUUGGCUGCUGAAACCACAAAGUCUGUACACUUAUGUCUCCAGAAUUGUCCAGAAGAGGCGCCAGGGACAGCCGGUCAGCUUCACAGAUUUCUUUGGGUGCCUAGUGGGGGACACAAUCCUCAAAAACAGAUUAGAGUCAAAGUUAACUGAUCAGCAGGAUAUUUUGAAGAAGGCCGAAGUUCCUAUGCCACUGUAUACUUGCCUACAUGUCAAAAAAAAUGUUUCCGCUGAAGUCUUUCAUGAAUGGAUGGAGUUUACUCCUUAUGAGAUAGGCCUUCCAAAAUAUGGAACAUUUAUGAAAUCUCAGCUCUUUGGAAGCAAGUUUUUUAUGGGACAGUUAGUAAAACAGUAUGAGGAGCCACCCCUCCAUUUCUUACAAGGUGUAUGGGGAAGUGCCUUCUGUAUACAGAUCUCUAGGUUGUUACGGGAUGACAAGAAAGCCGCCUGUGAGCAAGACAUAUCAGAUGAUGUAGAACAGGAGCGGGAAGAAAUGGUGAAAGAACUGGCGAAUGAUUUGUCAACACAAUCUGACGAAGAAAGUGACUCAAGUGAAUCUGACAGUGAUGAAAAUGAAGCAGAAAAAAAACACAUAUUGAAACCAAAGAAAGCCUUGAGAAUCAGCAGCAGAAAAAAGACAACCAGCAGACCUUCCUUCUGGAAAGACAUGUUCAAGAACCUCUACCAAAGCAGUCAUUUCAUGAAAUCCAUUGAAGGCCGAGCGGCCAAGGUCCACAGCUUCAUGCGAGGCCUGUCCAUGUCUCAUUGCUACCCCUUCUCACCAUUCGCAGACCCAAGUAGUCCAGCCUUUGAUGAUCUUGAUGCAUCUUUCAGUGGUGCAAACCCCUUUUCCAAGAUCUUUGAGAUGUACCCGACCUCCAUGAAGAAGCUGUAUGUGGUUGAUGGGGGUCUGACCUUUAACUCGCCCUUCCCCCUCGUUCUGCGGCCCCAGAGGGAGGUGGACCUGAUACUGUCCUUUGAUUUCAGUGCUCGCCCCAGUGACACUGCCCUCCCCUUUAAGGAAAUAUUGUUAGCUCAGCAAUGGGCCAAUCUGAAUAAAGUGCCAUUUCCAAAGAUUGAUCAGAACAUUGUGAAUGUUGAGGGUCGCAAGGAAUGCUACGUGUUUGAGGACCCAGAGGAUCCCAAAUGUCCAGUGGUCUUACACUUUGUGUUAGCCAACAUCAGAUUCAGAGAUGAGAUUAAACCAGGUGUUCCCAGAACAACAGAUGAAGAAAAAGAAUUUGCAGACUUUGAUAUUUUUGACGAUCCGCAAAGACCAUAUUCAACAUUCAAUUUCAAAUACCCCAAGAAAUCCUUUGAGAGACUGUCUAAACUGACCGAGUACAACACGCUGUUGUACACAGAUCUUAUCAAAGGAAAAAUCAAGCAGUGCAUUCAGAGGAGACAGAAACACUACAGUGAUAUCAAACGCCCCAUCGGACUGAGCGACAUUAAAAAACUGCCCAUAAACAGGGAACACUCUGUGAAUUUGGAGCACUAUGUGGAAUCAUUCGAUGAUGGUCUCUAUGAUGAGAUGAAUAAGUAGAAAGCCAGACUGAUUCAGCCGUGUUGUUUCAUACCCCCGUACCCUGUGGGGGGCUACUUCUACUUCCAUUUAAUUGUCUGUGUGUUUGUGGCUUCUUUGAGUUCUUUUUUUUGGUGACCAUGCAAGACCAGAGAUAUGUUGAACUGAGCUUCGCAAACAGGCCUUAGAUGAUUUGUGUGGUCAGUACGUGAACAAUGUAUUUCUGCUGUUGUAAUUCACACUUGUAAAAUGUGGGGAAUGUUUUGUUUUUUAUCCAUUAAUAAUUUCUGUGUACUUGAUCAUAUCAAUUAUCACUCAGAGAGAGAGAGAUAUAUAUUAAGUAGACAAAAUAGAAAAGGCUAAUUAUUAUAUAAAGAUACAUGUACUUACAUUUAUUUUUGUGUGUGCAAUAAUCUUCUUAAAAUCAUGUCUUUUGAAAUUGGCUUUGUUGCAUCAAGUUGCAGAUAUCAUUAAUAAAAACUACAAUUGGAGAAAAAUGUGUAACUUACAUUAGAUUCCAAAUACAUGUACAUGUAUAAAGUCUUUUAAAUCUUAAUCAAUGAGAGCAAGUAUUUUUGACUUCUCUUAUAUUUUAUUUAAAAGUACCAUACAGUAAAACACAGUUAUAGCGAUCACGCUUAUAAUGAAUUGACGCUUACAGCGAAGUGAAUUUCAUUCCCAAAGUCUCUAUUUCAUGUUGUAAACUUGAUGGAUAUAACAAAUUACGCUUAUAAUGAAGUUAAAUUCCCUGUCCCUGGGACUUUGUUAUAAGCGUGUUUUACUGUAUUUCAUUCAAGUACUGAUACUCUGGUAAAUCAUUUGUCUAGAAUUCUUAUAUUUUUACUCCACAUUGUUUAAAUUGUAUGCUGUUUCAACAAAAUCCUGUUUACAUGUACCAGUGUAAUUGAUGACCUAAUGAGUACCAGACCGUACCUGGGUAUUUAACAAUUUGUUAAAUAUAUAUAUAUAUAUUCCAGUUUCUAUGAUGAAAAAAAGGAAACAAGUUUUAUGACAUUUAUUUUAGUAAUUACUAAAAUACUCGCAUUUCCUCAAAAAUGAUUUUUAAUUUACAUACUGAUUUAAAUCAAUCUCUUAUGUUGUGUUUUGUGUGUUAGCUUUUAAUUUCACAAUUUUCAAAUGAGUUAAGAAUUUGAUACCCAAUUUUUGUUUUAAGAAUAAGUUUUAUUGCUUGAAAUCUAUACCCAACAUUGCCACAAUGGGGUUUUUUAUUCAAGAAAAUCUAGUCAGAAUGAGUCAUUGGAAUAUUUGUCCAACAGUAAGUUUUUACAUGCUUGCUCAGGUGAAAUAAAAGUAUAAUUUUACAAA